CUAAUUCAUAACUUAAGCCUUAUCUCACAUUUACCUUAUUUAAAGCAAAGGUGUAGUGAGUUGUGACUUAAUCUCUGUUUAUUUUGUGCUUUCUUUUUCAACCAGAUUGUCUGUCAGUUUACUAUGGGCUAAUCACAAAUCUGGGAGCCCAAAAUCAUUAAAGGAAACCGACAAUGCUAAGGAUUUGCAGAAAGUGCAGGGAGUCAGUUCCAUUUUGCAUCCUCCGUUAAUCGUGAGUCAAAACGUGUGAAUUCCGCAUGCUAAAAUCACCGGAGGCGGCAACCACAUACUUGUUUGUUUAUUGAAGGAAUCAAUCUGAGUUAUAAUUAAAAUCAGACGUGGUUGGCAACGGUGGCGCACCAAAGGGGUUCGGAUAGGUUGGGGGCGGAGCAAGGAGUGGACGAUGAGGAAGCGGAAGGGAGUCUAGGUUCGGUUCCGAGGCAUGUGGUGUCACCACCCUCGGGUUCAAGCCAAAGCGAAAGCAACAGGGAGUGGGUCCCACUCCCGGCGAGUGGUUUUCCCAUGAUGCCACGUUUUAUGCAUGUAUCUUCCCCUCCAGGUUUGUCUUCUUCUUCUGGGUCUGGGCCUUCUCUUAUGGGCCCGGUCCCUGCUUCUGGUUGGGCUGGGCAGAAAAGAACGCGUGAAGAUGAGACGGGUGGUUGUUUGACACGUGGGAGCGAGGAAGAAAGCGGGGAGAGGAGGAGGAGAUACAGAGGGGUGAGGCAGAGGCCGUGGGGGAAAUGGGCGGCGGAGAUUCGUGACCCUCAGAAAGCGGCGAGAGUGUGGCUUGGGACGUUCGACACGGCUGAGGCUGCAGCCAGGGCUUACGAUGAAGCCGCAUUGAGGUUCAGAGGCAACAGAGCCAAACUCAACUUCCCCGAGAACGUUGCAGCGCUUCGCCCUCCACUUCCCGAUUCCACGCCUGCUGCCUCCGCGCUGCUCCAGGGGGCGCCCGUUCAGGACUCCUCCGACGUGCUCAGAGACUACUGGGGCUAUUCUCAGCUGCUGAGCGGCUCAGGGGAGUUCCAUGGACUCGACCCCUGGCUCUUUGAUUCGCAAAUGGCAACGCUUCAGUCUUCCUCUUCCUUUUUAUCGCCGCCUGCGUUUCCGCCCUCCUCAGCUUCCUUUCCCCUCUUUUCUAGCCCCCAAUUUGGGGUUUUCCGGCCGCCGCCUCACCACCCUCAAGGCGCCGGAGACGCUGCUGCCGCCUCACACUUUCCGCCUUCCACGUGGUCAGAUACCGCUGGCUAUCCUCCUCCGCCACCUGGACCUGGUUGACACGAUGGAAUACACAUUUUUUUUUAUAUUAUUAUUUUUAUGAUAUUUUUUCUCUUUCUUUCGUUUUCGUCAAAGAAAGAACAAGUUUUUUUUUUAAUUAUUUCCUUAUUUAGAAUUAACUGAAUUUUUGUGGUUUAGAGGUAAAAUAUUAUUUGGUUAGUUGAAUAAAAUUGCUUGAAAAGUGGGGAGGUAAUGGGAGGUAGAUAAAAAGUUUUAAGGAUGUAUUUGGGUUUGAAGUUUGAAGCUUAGUAAGAGAUAGAGAGAGAGAGAAUAGAGUAUUUUCGUUAUUCCAAAUUGUGAAAGGUGAAGAAAGAGGGGCAUAUGAAUAUCUUUUACAAAAGCUGUCCCCGAGCAGCCAACUUUACUACAGGCUGUUUCUAGAAGAUAACUACUACCUCUCGGCUCUUCCUUUUUAACUUUUAUGUGACUUCAAGGUUUUCAUAUGUUCAU